CUGGGGGGGCGCGGGGGGGGCGCGGCCGUGGCCCGGGAGCGCUUCAAGGUGGUCUUCGCCCCCCUGAUCUGCCGGAGGACGUGUCUGAAGGGGCUGUGCCGGGACUCGUGCCAGCCCGGCUCCAACAUGACCCUGAUCGGCGAGAACGGGCACGCGGCCGACACGCUGACCGGCUCCGGCUUCCGCGUGGUGGUGUGCCCCCUGCCCUGCAUGAACGGCGGCCAGUGCAGCUCCCGCUCCCACUGCCUGUGCCCCCCCAACUUCACCGGCCGCUUCUGCCAGGUGCCGCCGCCCCCAGCGCAGGUGCCCCCUCCCCUGGUGAACGUGCGGGUCCAUCACCCCCCCGAGGCCUCGGUCCAGGUCCAUCGCAUCGAGCCGCGCCCCCCCGAGGGGGCUCCCCGGGGCGGGGGGGGGCUCCUGGCGCACCCCGCGCAGCCCCCGGCCGGCAGCAAGCCCCCCGCGCCCCCCCGGCCCCACACCCACAAACCGCUGGGCCGCUGCUUCCAGGAGACCCUGCCCAAGCACUCGUGCGGCAGUAACCCCCUGCCCGGGCUCACCAAGCUCGAGGAUUGCUGCGGCAGCAUCGGCAGCGCCUGGGGACAGAGCAAGUGCCACAAGUGUCCCCACCUGCAGGGUGAGAGGGACAUUAACGAGUGUGCCCUGCCCGGCGUGUGCCAGCCCGGCGAGUGCCGCAACACCCAGGGCAGCUUCCGCUGCUCCUGCUCGGCCGGGCACGUGCUGGGACCCUCCCGGAGCCAGUGUCUGCCGGAGCCGGGCGAGGAGCGGGGUCUGUGCUUCCGGCUGGUGUCGGGGUCGCAGCAGUGCCAGCACCCCCUGCCCACCCGCCUGACCCGCCGGACGUGCUGCUGCAGCGUGGGCAAGGCCUGGGGGGGGCGCUGCCAGCGCUGCCCCCCCGACGGCACCGCCGCGUUCAAGGCCAUCUGCCCGGCCGGGAAGGGCUACCACGUGCUCACGUCGCACCAGACGCUGACGAUCCAGGGCGAGAGCGACUUCACGCUGCACAUCCACCCCGACGGGACCCCCGAGCGGCCCCCCCGGCCCCCCCCGCCCGGUCACACACACGGUGACAAGUGUGUGACACACCUGUGCCACACGUGUGCCACCUGCCCAGACGUGAACGAGUGCGAGGCGGAGCCGUGCGGGGCCGGGCGCGGCGUGUGCAUGAACACCGGUGGCUCCUACACGUGUCACUGUCACCGCGGCUUCCAGCUGCGCCUGCACAAGGGACUGCGCACCUGCGCAGACAUCGACGAGUGCGCCAAGGGUGACGUGUGCGGGGACGGUGGCACCUGCGCCAACGUGCCGGGCCACUACAAGUGCGAGUGCCACCCGGGCUACCGGCGCAAGGGCUCGCGGCCACCGCUCUGCGAAGACAUCAACGAGUGCCUGGACGCGGGGACGUGCCCCGACUCCAAGUGCGAGAACCAACCGGGGGGCUUCGUGUGCACCCCCUGCCCCCCCGGCUUCCGUGGCCUCAACGGCGCCUGCCUCGACAUCGACGAGUGCGCGCUGGAGCCGGGGCUGUGCCCCCCCCCCGGCACCUGCACCAACCUCGAGGGCUCCUUCAGCUGCCGCUGCCCCCCCGGCCUCGCCCCCAGCCCCGACGGGCGCCGCUGCCUCUGCCCCCCCCCCGGCACCUGCACCAACCUCGAGGGCUCCUUCAGCUGCCGCUGCCCCCCCGGCCUCGCCCCCAGCCCCGACGGGCGCCGCUGCCUCCCCGAGUUCGUGGCGCUCUGUCCCGACGGGAGGGGCUUCAUCCAGGACGACAACGGCCUCGACUACGGGGUCCCCGCCCACCGCGACGUGGACGAGUGUCUGGACGAGUCCAACUGCGUGGACGGAGCGUGCGAGAACACGCGCGGCUCCUUCCGCUGCACCUGCGGGCCGGGGGCGCGCUACCACGCGGGGCUGCGGCGCUGCCUGCCCGCCCCCGAGCCCGGUGAGACCCCCGGGGCACCGGGAGACCCCCCCGGGGCACGGGGAGAACCCCCCCGG